GGUUCUGGGAGACCAAGUUCGACCCCCUCCUGACGGAACCAAGCCUGUUCCACCUGGACAAGGAGACUGCGGUCUCCGUGGAGAUGAUGAAGCGACACAUCUUCCCCCUGAGCUGGUUCACAAUGGAGUCCCCGGAGGUCAAGGUUGCCAAGUUCCCCUUUAAAGGCAACACCUCCUUCGUGGCCAUCGUCCCCAGCCUCUACCAGCAGAAGAACCUCUCCCAGGUUCUGUCUGAGGUCCUCCAGCACAACCUGCAGGCGUCGUUCCCCGAGGAGAUGCCCACGAGGGUGAAGAUGCCGAAGCUGGACUUAGAGGACCACACGGAGCUCAAUGAGGUCUUAACUCGGUUAGGUCUCGGUGAGCUGUUUUCUGCCCCAGACCUCAGCCGCCUUGCCGAGGGGCCCCUCAUGGUCUCCAGCGUCAAGCACCGGGCUGCCCUGGAGCUGGCCGAGGAAGGAGUGAAGGCGGCAGCAGCCACCAGCGUGGUCGCCUUCCGUUCUGCCUCACAUUUCUACCUCGACAAGCCCUUCGCCUUCAUGAUCACAGAGGACAUGACGAACAUCCCCCUCUUCAUGGGCACCAUCUGGAAUCCACGGCCGGGGGCUCCCCUGGAGAAGCAUGUCCUGCCUGCUAAUCGCACACGCUUCCGGAUGCCCUGA